AUGUCUGGAAAAUACUCUGUCGAAGAUCUGUUGAAGCUGCGAGCAUCGCCGCUAAUAUGCAAACCUCCAAAUUUACCACCUAUAGAGGAAUGGAUGGGUGCACAAGAACUCAGUGGCAGAAGACCUAUAACUCGAGGAGUUAAAGAUGAACAACCUGUCCAAAGUGAACCCUUUCAAAAGAGACCAACUUUAAUUGACUCUCACCGUCGGACAGCGACAGAUCCCGAUCGCAUAGUUCUUGGUCCUCCUCGCCGCUCUUUUGCUUCUUCUAAUGCCCGUGCUGUUGGCAAGACGCAGGAUCUAGCAGAGGAAGCGGGAAAUCAUAAAGACCGAUCAGCGUUCAACGACAGAUCUAGAAAUGGCGACGAGUCCGAGCCUCGACACCAUGAGCGAAGAUAUACCCAAACAAAUGGUCGCUACAGUAGUCGUCAAGAGGGCGAGGAUCUAGAGACCGAAGGUCGUCGUGACUACGACCGCAGACCGAAAUGGGCAGGAAGAGACAGGAACGAUGACCAAGAGAAUGAUCAAACACAGGACGAUUCAUCACGUGGUUUCAGAAGGGACACGCAGUCGAGGGCGAAGCUGUCGCAGUCAUGGUUUAAGAAAGAUACCGGAGACGCUGAGGACGACAAGACACCUGACUGGCGUCGCGAUCGAGGAAGAGACCGUGAUUGGGACAAGGAUCGCCCUGCCAAAGUGGAGGCGGAGCCCGAAUGGAUGGACUCGACUGAGCCAGAAGAAUCGUUUCAAGCCCGUACUCAGGAGGACUUCCAACGAUGGAAAGAGCGGAUGAAAGCCGGCAGCACAGCAACUGUUGACAAAGUCGAAACAGCCGCCACCAGUCCACCACCAGAAGAGAAACCGGCCAGGAGAGUCGUUUCCGCCGAGCCGGAUGACUCAAUGGACAAAUUCUUUGCCAGAUUUGAGUCCAAGGCGACUGAACAGAAGGCCGGGCCAGCAAAGUCACAUGGGAAAACGCGCUUUGCGUCGCUCUUCAGCCCUGCAACCGAACAAAACAGGCAGAUUGAACCUCCUACUCAACCACCGCCCUCGGAGAGACCUUCAUCGGCGCAAGCGACAGGCUCGGCGACGGAUGCUGACCAAGCUGGAUUCGCUCGCAUCCUCGAAAUGUUGCAGACACGAAGUAACAAUCCUACUCCUCAAAACCAAGAAGCACUGAAACCGCGAACACCAUUAUACGCAAGAGCCAACGAGCAGAAGUCCGAACCAGAAGCGAAGCCUCCAACGCCUACACUGUAUGCAUUGUUAUCUGGCCAACUGGCAGGUCAACUGCAACAGCCUGAACAAAUUCAACCGGCUGCACCUCAGGAAAGAUAUACAGAGAGCAAAUCUCCAAGCGAGCAACACACGCAUACACGGCAGCAAUCCAGCAUCACUAAAGACGAGGUUCUUCUGAGCUUGCUUCGGCAGGCCUCUCUGGCGCCAAAACCUCAACCACCACCUCCUGCUGGAGGAGGAAUGUUUGGAUUACCACCUGACCCGGGCAAUCGUGCGGUCCAGCCAAGGGGGCCGGUGACUUCUCCAAUUCAGGCUCAGCAAGAUCCGACAAUAGCACAACGAAGGGAACCAAGAGGGCCAAUGUUCGAAGAGUCGCCCAUUUCCAUGUACCAAAGCGAACAGGCGCCGCGCGAACAACCCGGUAGAAGGCCGACCAACGGCACGCAGUCUUUGUAUUCGGAAGAUCCGCUGAUUGCAAUGCUCCGUGGCCAAGCGCCUCCACAAAGACCAAUGCAGCCUCCUCGACCGCCUCAAGCACUUCCACCUGGUCUUCAGCGGCCUCCUGGACUUGAUCAAAUGCCACGACAGAAUCCAAGCUGGCCUCCUCAGCAGCCACAGCAGCCACAGCCUUCGCGUCAGCUCUCACUCCCACCUGGCUUGCCGAACCUCCCCCGAGGGAUGUCAGGAGCACCGUAUGGUCAACCUCAGCAGAUUCCGAGUCAACAGACUCUGCCUCAACAGCAGCGUCCGCAGCAGCCACAACCGCAGCGGAAAUACACUGCAGAUUCGUCUGGGAUGCCCCCGAACCUUCCUCCCGGCAUGUAUCCCCCGCCUGGCUUCAUGAAUGCAGGACCUCCGCCGGGCUUUCCAGGUGCACUGGCAAAUCAUCCCGCUUCUAGGUUCGGUGGUGAUCCGGGUGCGCAGCAACGAGCUUUCAUGGAGAUGUACGGUGAUGUUGGCGGAAGAGGAUUGGGGUUGAGGGGUGGUGCUGGAAGUUCUGGGAUGCCGCCGUACCGAUGA